GUAAGCCAUGUCUCCUCGCACCGGACUUAAGUAAAAUUGGCACGCGAUUCAAUUGAAUCUUGGCGAGAAGUGUGCUGUGGCUCGGGCCCCACUGCUGGGGAAAUUACACUUCCAAUGCCUUGACCGCUGGCGUUGCUCUUGCUUCUCCUCCGCCAAUACCACGGCACACAGCACACAUAUCGCUGGGUAUCAGCUUACGGCCGCUAUCCGCAAUCGCAAUACGCCAGCCAGCACCAGCCCACACACAGAAAACCCUCUCGGUGGAGGAAUCUACAUAUCAUGGAUGCGAGCACACUCUCGUACUGGUAUUUGCAUGAGACCGAAUUAUGAAAUUCCCACGUCGGUGUAAAGUGAGAUGAUUUGAGGCUUGAAGUUACAAAAAUUCCUUUCCCGUUCCGUCGCCCCAACAUCAUGCUCGAUAAACUCAACAGAAACGCAUUCAUAUCGGUUGGAUUGGGAUUCAUAUUGAUAUGGCUGAGCGAAGCCACGGAGACCCAUGUGAACUACACAGCAAAGCCGCGAGUGGUUCUUCCGCCUAAUUAUGUCAAGGAGAUACGACCGCCCUCGAAGAAGGGAUCCCCAGUGAUAGUAGACUUUAGCAUAUUUGUUGUAGAUAUUAACUCAAUUAACGUAGAGGAUAUGGACUUUAGCAAUACUGUAUAUAUUUUCAGAGUAGACAUGUUUAUACAUCAGCGCUGGCAUGAGUCACGACUGGAGAUACCCGACGACAUCUUCGAGGAGGGCGACGACUAUGUGACACUGCUUCCAGAAGUCUUUGAGAAUUUUUGGCAGCCGGAUCCGUAUUUUCUCAAUUCAAAGAUAGCCGGAUAUGGAAGUCCCUAUGUGGCGUCCACUUCUAUGCUACGCAAUAAGGGUGAAAGAGAUUCGAGAAACUUUCAUCUGAACAAAGAUUUAAAAAUAGCGACGCUGACCCACAAGUUCACAUCGGUCACGCUGUACAAGAAUAAGACGGUGCGCUAUGCGGCGCGGAUGCAUGCCAUCAUUGCCUGCCAGAUGGAGUUCCAGCUGUACCCCAUGGACAUCCAAGUGUGUCCCAUCCACAUUGAGAGCUUCUCAUCGAACAACCAGAAGGUGAAGCUCCGCUGGUCGAACUCGGGUGUGACCCUCAAUCCCGAACUGAAGCUCCUGCAGUACAAUCUUGGCCAGCCCCUGCAGCUGGAGACGAGCGAUGGCUACAUGCCGGAGAAGGUCGGCAAUUUCUCGCGCCUCACCGUGUACUUCCGCUUUGAGCGGCAGAUCGGCCAUCAUCUCAUCCAGACGUUUGCCCCCUCCUCGCUGGUGGUGAUGCUCUCCUGGUUCAGCUUCUGGCUCGGACUAGACGCCAUACCGGGACGGGUCACGCUGCUUGUGACCUGCAUGCUGACGCUGGUCACCAUGUUCACGGGGGCGGACAUACCCCCCGUGGCCUAUGUGAAGGCGCUGGACCUGUGGAUGGCCGGCUGCAUGCUGUCUGUGUUCGCAGCCCUGGCCGAGUUCGUUGUGGUCAAAGUGCUGGACGUACAGUACCAGUACCAGGUGAACCGCAUACCCAAGGUACUGCCCAUGCGCAUCAGCAACAUGGAAAAAGGUCAAUGUGCAACGGUUGCUAGCUGGGAGGGCGGAGCCGUGCGCUCGCGUAAAGCGACCCAAACGCCCACGACGCCCGGACAGACAUCGCUACAGGGCAAUGGGGGCCCGCCGAAGCCGGCCCGACGGCAGAGCCUCCUGUCGGUGGCAUGGACGGACACGGAUACGGGCGUCGAGAAGAUAAUGUGGCGGGAGAUCGAUAAGGUCUCCCGCGCUGUCUUUCCCAUACUCUUCUUUGUGUUUGUUCUCCUGUACUGGCCGAUACUGCUGAUGAAGUCGUCCUAGGACUUGGGGAGCUCCAGACCGCAUAUGUCUGGACUCCGUUAAAAACACAAUAGGCAAUGGGAAAAUCUGACAAAUUGAAUGGAAGAUUUGAGGACGCACAAAGAGUCUUUAAACCGCAAAAAUCUAUCAUCGAAGUACAACCAAACAAGUGAAAAACUACAGUUACCUAUAUAAGUAAUUGGCAGCAGAGGCAGAGCAGCUAGAAUUAUCGGCUAUUCCUAUAUGGGACACACUGUACUAUGUACGAAAUAUAUACAAUACAUAUAUAUUUAUAACUAAGUUAUCGACAAUUUGCUCACUCACGGAGAAUACUUGAUUCAUUUUGGAGUAGAGUAUUCGCUUUGUAUAAAACUUAUCUUAUAUUUAACGAUAAUUUUAGUUUCACAUUAAUUUUAAUCUAUGCUACAAAGGACACCCCUCACUCUCACUUCUCACAGAACAACGACUAAAUAUAGUAUGCUUCAGCUGCUCCAGCAUGCCCCGAAAAUUGUCCAACCUACCUAAUACAUUUAUAUGAUUUGGCCUUACAUUUAAUUUCUUUAGUCUCAGCACACACAUUUACAAAUAAAUAAGCUGGAAAAUGAAUAUAUAUCACUGUGCUAGUGACAAUAUAUACAUAUAUAUAUAUACUUGAUCGAAAUCAGAUCUGGCUGUAUGUACAUACCUAGUAUGUUUCAAAAUGCUACAGAACGAGACAGCUACGAGUAUUUUCUAGCAGAGAUAUUUGAAUUGAACUUUUGUAUUAGGCUUAGGCAAAUCAGCCAAGAAAUUGCAUUGGUGCUUUAAGGAGAUAAUAAAAAUGGCCUUUAAGGAUAUUUGGAUUGUAAAUAACUUAACAGUGGAAGAACAGUGAACGCUUUUUAGAGAUUUUUACAUACAUAUUUAGAAUUAUUUAUCCAUUAUAGCGUAUUUUUAUGCAAGCAUUAGAGCUGUGGCUUUUAUAAAACUAAUUCGAUACAAUUUCUAUAAACCAACCGCACCCAGGCAGGUUUACCCCUAAACAUAUACACACAUACAUAU